AUGCCAUCCCAUCACCACCUUGGCUCUCAUCCCGCUGCUGGGCCAUCAUCUCCUCCGCCGCCUACCGUGCCCGCGACUGUGAGCGCUCAGCACGCCAUCUCUCCCUCGCAGUCCGCCAGUCCAAGUGUUUCCCACACGGCUCAGCCCGGCGAGAUGUGCGCUUGUCCUAGCUCAGACGCAAACUGCUCUAGGUCCGGCACCAGUGGUCCCUGUGGUGUGUCCGCCGGCGACGGAUGUGGCGGCAGCUGCAACGGCAACGCCAUUGCUGGGGAGUCGUCGUCUUCGUCAUCCUCGUCGUCUUCGUCGUCGGCCUCGCCGUCGUCCUCGCGUCAGUCGGUGUCAGCAGACCCAGAUUGUGCUGGAACUGCUCCAAAUGGCAAUGAAGCCGAGUCUUGCAGCACGGCAGAGGCAUCCAACAACGAUGAUGGCGAGGGCGGCGACAGCGACUUCAACGACAACGUCAACACAGACAGGGGCAUUGCUGUUGCCACGAAUGACAGUGGAAAGGACAUGACCAGCAAUGGCAGCAAUGUGAACAACAACGGUGCUACUAGCUCUUCUCUGCCGGUCGCCCCUCACAGCGAGGCCGUAGAUCCGUUUGAAACAGUCAGUUCCUGCAAGGAAGACCUCCACGGUGCACACAUGAGGCUUGCAGACCUCAAGGUGCAGCAUGGCUCCAUCGAGGUUGAGAUCAUACGUACCACCGACGAGCGCCGCCUAGCUGACCGUGAGCGUGAGCGCGUCUGGGAGGAGAAGCUUCGCGCGGUGGCAGCGCAUGGUCAAGCAGAGAACGAGCAACAGCUUCGGGACGACGAAUAUCGCCGUGCUCCGAGAGACCGUCUUCGCCUCUGUGCAGAGCGUGCUCGUCAGGCCGCCGAAGAGUGUCUUCGCCACAGCCACUUGUGCAUCAGUCUCGACGAAAGGCACCGUAGCUCCGAGGCCGAGUGCAACCGCAUCAACAGGGAGAUCCAGCGUCUCCAUCGGGAGCGUGAUCACCUCGCCGGCGCUGUCCAGUCCGCCGAGGCCGGCGUCAGUGCUCUGGCCGCGGCCUAUGAGGACGCUCUCGUCGAACUAGACAAGUUCUUCUCUCGCGACUAG